CUAACUAUGGGCGAAGUCAGUUGGGUGAAUAGAGCAAAUGUCAUAUUGCCAUAAAAAUGGCAUUACUCUCCUUGUUUGAUUUUAUAUUUCACCUUUCUGUAUAUAGCGAUACAAACCAGUAUUCAACUCGUCAGCCAACGUUAUGUGUCCAGUUUACGCUCAAUAGUCAAUGAAUGAUCUGUCUAAGGUAAAAAACUAGUUUAGCAAGGACCCGAAAAAUACUCUGCCUAUUUUCCUUAACGAUGGUGGUAGAGGUAGAAAGCUUCUAUGGCGUGUACAUGCUGUACUGUAUUAAUCCUAAAUUCAAAGGCCGUAUCUACAUUGGCUUCACCGUGAACCCAGAGCGGCGGAUCGGACAACACAACGCUGGGCGGCAUAGAGGGGGAGCCAAGAGGACCAGUGGAAGAGGACCAUGGGAGAUGGUCCUUAUAAUACAUGGCUUUCCUUCUGACAUUGCUGCCCUGAGGUUUGAGUGGGCGUGGCAGCACCCCCACUCCUCCAGGCGGCUCUCCCAUGUAUCUCGACGUUCCAAGAAAGAGUCGAGCUUGCAGUUCCACUGGCGCGUCGUCUCCAACAUGCUGCGGGUGGCGCCGUGGGACAGGCUGCCCCUGACAGCCCGCUGGCUCAAACAGGAGUACAGGAUGGACUUUGAGCCCAGCCUGCAACCUCCUCUGCACAUCCCCAUCGCUUUCGGCAGUGUGAGGGCCAAGAAGAAGCUGCCCCUGGAGCCUGAAGGCGAAGAGGAGACGUCCAGAUGUUUUCUCUGCAAGGGGGCGGUCAAGGUAUCAGAGAAGCUGAGCUGUUUCCACCCGUCCUGUGGGAUGAGCAGUCAUUUAGUCUGCCUCGCCAGAUGUUUCCUGAAGUCGGAGCCGUCGCACCUGCUGCCAGUGGAGGGAAAGUGUCCGUCGUGUCGACACUCAGUGCUGUGGGGGAGCCUCGUCCGUCAUAAACAUGGCUGCUUCAGAGACCUGGAGGAGAUCACUGCGACUUCAUCCCAAAGCCACUGGGCAGAUGAACUGCAGAUAUGAACAAGUGGAACCUGUUAAUAUGAAUUUCCGUCUUUAUGGACCACAUCACACUGUCAAGAGGACUAUGUGGGAACAGGAGUGUGUAAAAACGUGAUUUCUUUUUUAAUAUUUUGCCAUGAAUUUGGUGUUUUUAAUCAUGUUUGCGAAAGUACAUGUUUUUAAUGUA